UGAAUUUGCCUGUUUUAUGAGUGCAUGUGCGUUGUACGUUUCAGGCGUGCCUCACAUGCCGCACCGGUAUAGACUAUUGCUGAAUCUAACACGUAAAUAAAUGUCAAUCGCGAGGAAGUGACGCACCCGCAUGCGCAAUCACAAUCGUGUAGCGGCAAGCUACCCUGUCCUGAAUUGAACUAAACGAGCCUUGUCCGUUUAGCCUAUUUGGGGUUAUCAGCUAACAAGGGAACGCCUUGCACGGAGGAUCUGUGUGAAGCAAAAGGGGUGGACGUUCGGUGACGUCCAAUUUUACCCUCGAGUACGCAGACUAGCUGAACUCUUCAUUUCAAAGAGGAAGAGGAGCGACAGCUUUCUCAUGUAAAAAAGACGAGCAGGACAUUGCAGGAAAGUUGCUAUUGACUGGUGUCACAGUGAAGCGUGGAGAAAAUCCCAAGGAAAUGGCCUCUCAGCUCCAACGUAAGAUGGCGAAAACACACUCACGUCACACUCUUCUGACCGAUGAUGAAAAGCAUUACGUUGAGCGACACUUUAAAGGUCUUAAGACACAACGCGUCGGCUGCAAAUGUGAAAUAUUCUCAGCGUAACAAAAGAUUUUUCGAAGAGUCAUCACACAGGAGAAUUAACUUUUUCCCUGCUCAGUGGUCAGAAGAGACUGCUCGGAAGCUCUUGUGAAUUAUCCAGUCAAGUUGUCUUUGGAUGCUUUAUCCGUAAAUACUGACGUUCAGAUGAAGCCCCGUGAAGCAUUAACCGUUUCGGCCGACCAUCCCGAUAUCAGCGCCAACUCAGAACCUUUUCCUAUGAAAGCAGAAGAGGAACCGGAGACUGAGGAAGAAGAACCGCAAUCUGUUCGCAUUAAAGAAGAAGCGCAAGAAGACGACAUAAGCCAGUUUCCGUUGACCGGCGUCACAGUGAAGAAUGAAGGAGGAGACCGUCCCGGAGGAUCGCGAGGCGACGGCUUCUCCGCCGCACCGUCCGACGGCGACAACGCGACAUCGCACUCUUCCGACUAUGACGACGACGAUAAACACGGACGCUCCAAAAGUAACGAGACGUGUCACCAGCGUAGCCGACACGAAAAAUGUUCUCAGCGGUACAAAACGUUUUUCGACAAGCCGUCGUCGAACAGACACGCCGGCGAGAAAACAUUUCCCUGCUCGAUUUGCGGUAGACAAUUCAGUCAGAAUGCAAAUUUGGAACGUCACAUCAGAACGCACACCGGGGAAAAACCAUUUGCCUGCUCAUUUUGUAAUCGACGUUUUUCAGUCAAGAUAGGUUUAGAUAGACACACGAGAAUACACACGGGAGAAAAGCCUUUCGUCUGCUCGGUUUGCGGCAAACGAUUCUCUCGAGAGUCGACUAUUAAGACGCAUUCGCGAUCCCACACGGGCGAGAAACCUUACGCCUGUUCGGUUUGUGGCAAACAGUUCGCUCAAAAGUCCAAUUUUAACACGCAUUCCAGAUCGCACACGGACGAGAAACCUUUUGUCUGCUCCACUUGUGGCAAAACAUUCACUCAGAGAGGAAGCUUAAAUAUUCAUCUAAGGACUCACACCGGAGAAAAACCUUUUCCCUGCUCAGUGUGUGGGAAAAGAUUCACCCGUCGAGUUCUUUUAAAAAGGCACACGAGGAAACACACUGGGGAAAAACCUUUCUCUUGCUUGAUCUGCGGGGACAGAUUCUCUUUGAAGUCCAAUUUAACAAUACACACGAGGAAACACACGGGAGAACAACCUUUUGCCUGCUCAACUUGCGGUAAAACCUUCACUCAGAGUGGUAGCUUAAAAAUUCACAUAAGAACGCACACCGGAGAAAAACCUUUUGCGUGCUCGGUCUGCGGUAAACGAUUCACCCGUAAAGUCAUUUUAAAAAGGCACACGAGGAUACACACUGGGGAGAAGCCUUUUCCCUAAAAAACCUGCGGCAAAGGAUUCUCUGUCCGGACCCGGGUUGCACCGAUACUGGUAUCGGCGUCUAAACCGAUGUGGCGCUAAAAUGACAUCGUUGGUAUCAGGGCGUACAAAGAAACAAUGUGCCGAUGCCACUGCUGCGCAAUACGUUGUUUCGGCCGCCAGCUUCGUAUGCCGCCGUAAAAAAUAAAAAAGCACUCGUGGUUGCCUCAAAUGGAUUGAACGUCAACUAGUGAUAAACCCAUUUCAAUUCUCAGCAAGAUGAUAGGAUGCCGUAUGAUUGGUUUCACAAAACAUGUUUGACAUGAGUUCAAAUCUCUAUCUGGCCCGGCCCUCACACCAUACAAGGAUUAAGCAGUGGCUUUCCUGGGGAAAAAAAUGACAACUGCCUUAUUCAAAACUCGACAAGUUACCCAAAAUGAAUCUUAUGAAUAUUUUAUGUCAAUAAUGGUUGGAUAUAUAAUGCAAAAAGUGUACAAUAGUCUUAUUUAUCAGACAGGAGAUUGACAGAUGAAGACAAUGCAUAUCAUGCUAUCUUUGUUUCUUUGUAUUGUAUCAUUUUGGUGUGUGUGUGUGUGCGUGUGUGUGUAAAUAAAUGUCUCGCAAGUGAUUUUAUUUUUUGGGUCAUUUGCUCCGCAGCAUUUGGUUGGCAUUAUAAGCAAAAUAUGUGACCGACUCUCAUGCAAUCUCCAUGAUUGCGACUUUAUACAAUCCAAUGUAAACGUGACAAUUAGCUCAUUGGCAGCAAUAGGCGUCCAAUCCGUUUUGACCGGGAGCACAUGAACACAGUAUUGAGGAACGCUCGUUCAUUGGUUGCAAUCCUUCUCACUUCCAAUACAUAGGCCGUCUUAUCGUCGUCGACGGCAUUCCGGUAAGGACAUGUUGGACCGAGCCAUGAUAGCAACUGUACAUUCAAGUGAGUAUAGACCCUACUCACCUACGUCACAAAAUGGGCGUGUCGCUGUUUCCGGCCGCCAUAUUGUACCUCUUUUUCGGACCUAUUCUCAUUGUUUUCAAUUAGUCGAGCAAGUUAUAGAGCAAUUCAUGGAAGCCCCGGUGUUAUCUGACGCUGUAAACUCAUUGGAUCCGUUGCAUAAAAGGCGUUACGUGGAAAAGCUUCAGUUUAUCCAGUCACCAGAUCCGUAUUUGAUGCCUAAAUCGAUGUUUUUCAACCCGCUGGCUUCGCCUGACAUCUGAUAUCCUGAUAUUUACAACUAUCUUGUCCACACAAAAUCAGCCUAUUCUCACGAAAGUUUGAAAAACUUUAAGAGCUUGGAGGCUUAUAAAUACUUCGUUGCUGGUUGGGUGAAACAGGUCCUCGUACACGAAAAUUCGGCAGGAAUCUUGUGCUCGGAAGGUGAGUUACGAAAUUUUCAAUUCAAAAUCUUUUGUUCUUGCUAACAUCCACUGUCAAGUCUAAUGUAUUUCAUAUCAUUUGUCAAUGGAGCUAGGGCUUUUAAUGUUUAUAUGGUUUAGCGAUAGCACUCUCACUGUAUACAUAUAUAAUACGUAAUAAAUAUGAAGUGCGAUAGCACUACUCCAGAUUGUCCCUAGUUGAAUUUAUUUUUUGGCUUUUGACCUCAAUAGUGAAAUUGUAAAUUAAUUGUAUGACAACUGUCUGAUUAUCCCCUUAUAAUUAUAUAUUUUCAGGUAGUUCAUUCACAACGUCUGAGUGUAUGUUGUCGGCGAUUAGCCUAGCAAUGAUCUUAAUUGUGGUUCUCAGCCCAAAACCCUCUAAAUAUAUAUUAAAUGCAUCUUACCAGAUAUAAAAUGACUACUACGUAAUCUGUGGUAGUCGUUUGGAGCCCAGUUUUCUCGUCGAAUUGCAGCAGUCAAUCUCGGUCUCCUCUUCGGGUCUCUCGGAAUACGGUAAAAAUUCAAGUCUCCGUCUAUCUUCUCUGUUUUUGCAACCGACCGCCACACACGACUUCACCAUUUUGAUUAUUAAUGUUAACGAGCAGCAAAACACGAGGAAUUUACGAAGCGCUAAUGCAUUAACAUGACUAGUAUCCGGACAACAUGGCGCGGGGGCGUGGCUGUGACGUCACGUGAGUAGGGUCUAU